CCCGCCUUCUCCAGCGCCUGUCCCUAUAUUUCCCUCGGCCAGGAUCGCUGCUAAAAGCUUGGUUAGGGCGGAGAAUCCUGUCGCAAGGGAGAAAAGGAGGACCGGGCGCGCGGGAUAAGCCGCGCUAGUUAGGACCGCUCUUUUGCGCGCACGCAGGCCAAACUUUUCUUCUUUACCCGGGAAAGUCGCCAUCGCAGCUCGGGACAAGCGCCAUUAGCCUGAGCGAGUGGGCAACGCAAGACGCUCUGGCGCCAGGUUGCUGUCUGGUGGGCGGCUUCUGCUGCUUCAGGCGCGCUGCCAACCAGGAGGGCGGAAGGAGAGCCAUGGGGGUACCAGUGUCAGGUGCCAACGGCCGCUUGGGCGCUCUGUGGAAGAGGCUGAGUCGCGGCUUACGACCCUUCAAUCAAACCAAAGGCGGGCGGCAGAGCUGGGACGAGAUACACCUGCUGCAUCUGAAAAGGAUCUGGGAAUCUCCUUUUCUCUUGGCUGCCAAGGAGAACAAUGUUCAAAGUCUUAGGAAAUUAAUCCAAGAUGGUUCUUGUGACAUUUAUCAAAGAGGAGCGAUUGGGGAGACGGCUCUCCAUUUAGCCACCCUCUAUGAUUGUACAGAAGCUGCUGAUUUUCUUCUGGAAGUCGCUCCAGAACUCAUCAAUGAGAAAAUGACAUCAGCACUUUAUGAAGGACAAACAGCACUCCACAUUGCAGCAGUUAAUCAAAAUGUUCACUUGGUGCAAUGUCUGCUGAAGAAGAGGGCUCACAUUUCUACUCCUCGAGCUACAGGACACUUCUUCAGUCGUAACUCCUCACAUCGCUCCUAUUUUGGGGAGCAUGUUUUAUCUUUUGCAGCCUGUGUGGGCAAUGAGGAGAUUGUUCGUCUAUUAAUUGAAAAUGGAGCUGAUAUCAGGGCACAAGAUUCUCUAGGAAACACGGUUCUUCACAUUCUAGUUCUUCAGCCAAACAGGACAUUUGCAUGCCAGAUGUACAAUCUCAUCCUUUCCUAUGACAAACAAGAAGGGAACUUGGAACCGUUGGACUUGAUUCCCAACAAUGAAGGUCUUACUCCAUUCAAACUGGCUGGAGUUGAGGGUAACACUGUGAUGUUCCAGCAUCUUUUGCUAAAGCGUAAACAAAUAAUGUGGUCUUUGGGACCUAUUACUACCAUUCUCUAUGACCUUACAGAAAUUGAUUCCUGGGGUGAAGACCAAUCUUUUCUGGAACUUGUUGUAUCAACAAAGAAAAGAGAGGCUCGCCGUAUCCUAGAUAUUACUCCUGUGAAGGAACUUGUGAACCUGAAGUGGAACACAUAUGGGCGCCCUUAUUUCUAUUUCCUGGCUUUGUUUUAUGUCCUCUAUAUGAUUUGCUUUACCAUGUGCUGCGUUUAUAGACCACUGAAAAAUCGCUCAGAUAAUCGAACGAACGAGCGGGAUAACACCAUCAUUGUGCAGAAAACAUUGCAGGAAUCAUAUCUGACAUAUGAGGAUCAACUCAGGCUUGUGGGAGAGUUAAUUACAGUGAUAGGAGCCAUGGCAAUUUUACUCCUAGAGAUUCCAGAUAUUCUAAGAGUUGGAGCUACAAAGUACUUUGGACAAACCAUCCUGGGAGGACCUUUUCACAUAAUAAUCAUCACAUAUGCCUGUGUGAUCCUGAUAACCAUGGUAAUGCGACUCACCAGCACAAAAGGUGAAGUGGUCCCCAUGUCCUUUGCCCUGGUGUUGGGCUGGUGCAACGUCAUGUACUUUGCACGAGGAUUUCAGAUGCUUGGGCCUUUCACCAUCAUGAUACAGAAGAUGAUAUUUGGUGACCUUAUACGUUUUUGUGGGCUAAUGGCCGUUGUCAUAUUUGGCUUUGCCUCAGCUUUCUACAUCAUCUUUCAGACAGAAAAUCCAAGCAAUCUGGGACAAUUCUACAAUUAUCCCAUGUCUCUCUUCAGUACGUUCGAGCUCUUCCUUACCAUCAUAGAUGGGCCAGCCAACUAUGAUGUGGAUCUCCCAUUCAUGUUCUGUGUGGUGUAUGCUGCUUUCGCUAUCAUUGCUGCUUUGCUCAUGCUCAACCUGUUCAUUGCCAUGAUGGGUGAUACUCAUUGGCGAGUAGCCAAUGAACGGGAUGAGCUUUGGCGAGCACAGGUUGUUGCUACUACAGUCAUGCUUGAACGGAAACUCCCGCGAUGUCUUUGGCCUCGCUCUGGUAUUUGUGGCCAAGAGUAUGGGUUAGGAGACAAAUGGUUUCUCAGGGUGGAAGAGCGUCUGGAUAUCAGCAAGCACAAGAUGUUACGCUAUGCAGAAGCAUUUAAAAACCAAGACAAAGAGGAUUUUGAUAAGUAUUCUGGGAAACUAUACCAACCCGAACCUUUCCGAUUCAAGAAAGAAACAUCUCCAUCGGUCUCACGAAGCACUACUCUAAGUAGCUUCCACCGUGGUUGGCAAAUCCUGCGGAACAACACCUUCAGCCACCUUCGUGGGGAAGUAAAUCACGCUUUGGAAGAAGAGAUCUAUCACGUAUGAUAUGCCUCUUGAAUGACUGGUCACAUUACUGGUGCUUUGGGCUACUUCACAAAUUCUUCCAGUAGUUGGUGGGAUCUGGGAGCAGUAAUCUCAGGAUUCAGGAUGACUUCUGUCUUCAGUUCAGAUGGCUUCAGUUCAUCUUUUCCCUUGUUCUCUGAAGGACCAACUCUGCAGAAAAUUUAGAUUAAAGCAAGAAAAAAAAUAAACAAACUAGCUAACUUCUAGCAAUCCAGAAACUUUUUAAGAAGCUGAGUGUCAGUUCCACCAAAAGGACUGAAAAAAAGUUACUGUUUUUUUAUAUAGGACUCCAAUGCACUUUAAGUUAAAUAGGUGACAUGGAAUUUUAUCCCGGGUACAAUUUUUGUAGUCAAUAUGAUAGGAUUUCUUUUCUUAGCUGAACUGAAUUCUAAUAUUUCCCUUGGGGAGAGGAAUAACGAAAAGGUUUACAAACUUAAUUGUAUUAAUAUACAGCCUCCUCUGUUUAUUCUUGCUGGCUUGGAAUCCAGCCUGUUACUACUCUUGACCUGUUUGACAGCUAUUAUACAGGACCAGAAUUUUGCUUAGAGGAAAUCUAAAAAUAAAACCCUAAUUAACUAAAACCCUAACUUUAAGUCACCUUUGUAGCUGAACUUCCCAAAAGUAUUGUGUUUCCUUAAGAAGGCAUCAAGAUUUGUUUAAAGUGGAAUACAAAGUAAUACUAAACAUUUUUACUCAACCAAAAAUAACUGCAAUUAAUUUGAGUGAAAUGUUUCAGAGGGCUUCUUUUCGCAGUCUCUACUUCCAAAGUAGUGGUUCAAAGAUGGCCUUUCCUACGAAUCCAACUUGAAAAGAUCAUCUUUCCAAAUAUAAAGUGAAACAAAGCAAGUGUUUCUUUAAUUUAUCUCUAGCUAUCACUUCAAACUUUACUCCAGAAGGAAAAAGCCAAUAUUUCAUCACUUAAAGCAAAUUAAUGACUUACUGCCUUUCCAGCAGCUGAGUGGAAAGUUACUCCAAUUCCUUUGUAGCAGGAGCAAUGAGCAACGGUUCUAACUGGUCAUAUUUGCUUUUCGAUUGCCCUCGUAUAUUGACCUGAACUAUGUAGCAUCAAAGCAUACAGUUUUCAGGCAUUGUCAGUCUGAUUCCUGCUUGAUCUACUAUUGCACGAAUUUGGCUCUGGCCUUCAAGGAUAAGUUGGCUUCUCAUUCCAUAACAAAAAUGCAUUUUCUAUGCACAGAUGUCUGGCAACUCAGGAAUUUCCAGCUGUAUGUUAAGGUUUGUCACGGUGGCCAAGGGUUCCUGGAUGCUUGGUACUGCUACGAAUGAUCUUGCCCUUGGUUGGGCUUGAGAAAAGAAAGCUAUGAGUGCAUUCUCGGACUACCUUCAGAGGCCAACUAAAUGUUGGAUUGGGAGGGUGCCACUUAAAUUGGUUUCAAACCCAGAAGAUGCCUCUCUGCCCCCUCUGAACCUCUCUGAACUCAGACUUGGGGUGAGGGAAGGAUUUCUAAAGAAAUGGGGAUGAAUUUUUUUAAUCCAAGGAUGAAGUUGAGAAACUACCUCUUCAAGUUGAAGUUGGAGAUUUGUCAAAUCACUGUGAUGAACUGAACAAGUCUUGAUUAGUUAUGGUUAUAUGUAUUUCCUUUAUAGAAUUUUGCACUAUAUGUCUGUGAAAAUACAAUUUGCACAUGUAUAAAACUGAUCUGUGAUGCUUUAGGGAGUUUGAAAGGCAAUUUCAUUUCAUGCCUUAAUAUUCUGAUUUCAUAUUCUCUCAAAUGAAGUAUUAGUUAAAGAAAUUCCUUAAGGGUUAUUCGUAGUUUAGUAAUUUCUCUAGCUGGCACAGAUUUAUAGUUUCUCCAAGUGAUUGGACAAGGAUUUGAAUUAGUUUGAACAUUGGUUUGGACAAGAAAUGAUUGGACAAGCACUGAAGAUGUUACCCAGUCUGCUAAUAAAACAACUAUAAAACAAAAUAAAGGAAGCGAAUAAUCAAGCUCAGAGACCCCCAAGGACUGCAUGACUGAACAAGGGCCUGCACCAUGGCUCACUUCAUCUAUGAUGUAAUUAAUGGGAUACCAGGAUAUUUGGGGUAGUGGCAUUGGUCCUUUUUCCUGGACUCUGCCAGGAAAUUAUGUUUUAGAAUAUCCACUGAUUAAAAUAUAAUCUUGCUGCCUAACAGGAAUAGAAUGCAUAAUUUCAGCUCAGUCUUCUUUCUAACGUUCAGCCUUUGGAGAUACAGGAUUUUAUCAGUGGUGAUUUUUUUUUUAGUAAGGCAGCAAUCAAGUCGAAAGUAACAUAAUCCAGAAAAAAUGGCACAUUGAGCUGAGAUCUUAAAUCAAGGCAGAAGAUGUCCAAUGCAAUGCAAAUUUGCAGCAGCUUUGAGCUAACUUUCAGGCUUCCAUUUUUUAUAUAGAAAUAUGAUUUAUUGAUGAAGUAAGCAGAAAGAUAUGAAUAUAAAUCACAUUGUAAAUCUCUUGAAGCUUAUCAAGAUUUGCCUUAGAGGAACUGAAUAUUGUUUUAACCAUCCCUAGCUCUCAAGGGAAAUGAGUCUAAAGGGAUCACAUUGUUAAUCCCUUUUGCUCCCAACGGUUUAAUCAUUUAUAGUAAAUUAAGCUAAUAUAAAUACAAACAAUUGUUUUAAUUUGUAGAUUGGUUUUUCUGAGUUCAUUUUGUUUGAAGUUGCACUUUCUUACUUUUGUGUGUCAUAUUAAUGUAGACAUUUUUUACACUUUGCUAAAAGCAUUUAAUAAAAUUUGAGAUUCAAUCAAAAUAAAUGUAUAAUUUUAUACUACAAAAUAUGUUGCGGUCUAAAUUAGAAAGUUACAACAAUCAUGUUAAGAUUUCACAUAUAAUUUGAUUCCUAAUGAGUUAGCAAUUUUUAAAGACUUUGCUAUGUUGCCACAAGCCAUUUCAAAACCUUCAAUUAAUUGAACUUUACAACUAAGCCAGGGCGUAUUCUGAAUGCCACUAAUAACAAAUGAAAAAGUCCAGUGUAUUCGAGCUCUGUAGAAAUAGCUAUCUAUUUGUAUAUAUGUUACAUCAUAAUUUUUAGCAAUAUGUACAUUUUUAAU